AUCCAGAUUUAGAAAGAGGUUUUUACAUAGUUUUCAUACUGUAACUGCCUAUUAUAUAAUGAAAAACGUGUUUCUUUAACCUAAUCAAAGCCUUGAAAUCCUGCUGUCCUCUGGUCCUGUUCUAUAUACUACAGAGAUAAAAAUAGCAGCCUUUCAUUCAAGGAACUGUGGCCAGGGAGCAGAAACGGGCCUGGAACUUUCUUUGGUGGGGUCACUUGACACCCCAGUGGGCUCAGAGAGUUAUAAACCAGGAGAGCAGCAGCUCUCGUCUGUCUGCCAGGAGCCAAGAAGUAGUGCUGGAGAGUAGUGUUGUUGAGUACGGGCUCAAGCGUCACCUUCAUUCAGAAAGCUGGUGAUCAUCAAACUCUGAAAGAUGUCUAAAGGACCAGCAGUAGGUAUUGAUUUGGGUACCACCUAUUCUUGUGUUGGAAUCUUCCAACAUGGCAAAGUGGAGAUUAUUGCCAAUGACCAAGGAAACAGGACCACACCCAGUUAUGUGGCCUUCACAGACACUGAGAGACUCCUUGGAGAUGCUGCCAAGAACCAGGUGGCCAUGAAUCCAGCCAAUACUGUAUUUGAUGCUAAGCGUCUGAUUGGUCGUAAGUAUGAUGAUCCAGUAGUCCAAUCCGACAUGAAACACUGGCCCUUCAAGGUUAUUAAUGACUCCUCAAAACCCAAGAUAGAGGUUGAAUACAAGGGUGAAAUCAAAACCUUUUUCCCUGAGGAGAUUUCUUCAAUGGUCCUCAAUAAAAUGAAGGAAAUCUCUGAAGCUUAUCUUGGCAAGCCAGUGAACAAUGCAGUUAUCACAGUUCCUGCUUACUUCAAUGACUCUCAGCGUCAAGCAACCAAAGACGCUGGGACAAUCUCUGGUCUUAAUGUGCUGCGAAUCAUCAAUGAACCCACAGCUGCUGCUAUUGCAUACGGCCUGGAUAAAAAGGUUGGAGGCGAGCGCAAUGUCCUCAUUUUUGAUCUUGGUGGUGGUACAUUUGAUGUGUCAAUCCUCACGAUUGAGGAUGGCAUCUUUGAGGUCAAGGCCACAGCAGGCGACACACAUUUGGGUGGUGAGGACUUUGACAACCGCAUGGUUAAUCACUUCAUUGCUGAGUUCAAGCGCAAGUUCAAAAAGGACAUCAUCAGCAAUAAGCGAGCUGUGCGUCGUCUGCGCACUGCGUGCGAGCGUGCAAAGCGCACCCUCUCGAGCAGCACCCAGGCCAGCAUUGAAAUUGACUCGCUUUAUGAAGGUACAGACUUCUACACCUCAAUCACCAGGGCUCGCUUUGAAGAGCUCAAUGCAGACCUGUUCCGCGGAACGCUUGAACCAGUGGAGAAAGCUCUCAGAGAUGCCAAAAUGGACAAGUCCCAGAUCCAUGACAUUGUUCUGGUAGGUGGAUCCACACGUAUCCCUAAGAUCCAAAAGCUUCUGCAGGACUUCUUCAAUGGUCGUGAUUUAAAUAAGAGCAUCAACCCAGAUGAGGCUGUGGCUUAUGGGGCAGCUGUACAGGCAGCCAUCUUAGCUGGCGAUAAGUCUGAGAAUGUCCAGGACCUGCUCCUGCUGGACGUCACGCCCCUGUCCUUGGGAAUUGAAACAGCUGGAGGAGUGAUGACAGUCCUUAUCAAAAGGAACACGACCAUCCCAACCAAACAAACCCAGACCUUUACCACCUACUCAGACAACCAACCUGGUGUGCUUAUCCAGGUUUAUGAAGGGGAAAGAGCCAUGACCAAGGACAACAACAUCCUGGGGAAAUUUGAACUGACUGGUAUUCCACCUGCUCCCAGAGGAGUUCCUCAGAUUGAGGUGACCUUUGACAUUGAUGCCAAUGGCAUCCUCAAUGUAUCUGCAGUGGACAAAAGCACAGGAAAGGAGAACAAAAUUACCAUCACCAAUGACAAAGGGCGACUGAGCAAGGAGGACAUUGAGCGUAUGGUGCAAGAAGCAGAGCAGUUCCGGGCUGAAGAUGAGGUUCAAAGAGACAAGGUCUCUGCCAAAAAUUCCCUCGAGUCAUUGGCCUUCAACAUGAGGAGCACAGUAGACGAUGAGAAGCUUAACGACAAGAUCAGCCCAGAGGACAAAAAGAUUAUUGUGGACAAGUGCAAUGAAGUAAUCGCUUGGCUGGACAGAAACCAGACUGCUGAGAAGGAGGAGUAUGAACACCAACUGAAGGAACUGGAGAAAGUGUGCAACCCCAUCAUCUCCAAGCUCUACCAGGGGGGUAUGCCGGGAGGAAUGCCCGGUGGCUUCCCUGGAGGGGCAGGAGCUGGUGGCUCUUCUGGCCCAACCAUUGAGGAGGUUGACUGAAUCCUGCUUGUUAUCUCAGUCACAGUCCAGAUUCUUUGCCCACAUGAAUUUGAUCUCAUAUCCUGAAUGGCAAAAGCAUAUUUUCUUGUUAAGUGAAUACCCUGUUAUUUUUACCUUUGAGAAAUUCUUCUGAACUUCUUUCACAAAUCGUUAAAAAUGCAACAAUUACUUGAACAAACAAUCUCAAUGAUCAGUAAAAUGUCAAGCUAAUCUGUGAUUUCAUUAGAUCAAUAAAGAUCAACAAGAUUGCUCACAAA